CGGCCACAGUGUGUUUGGAAACAACACACGCAAAUACUUCAUGGCUUAUGACCAGCCCGAAACUUCUUGAAUCAGGAACCUCUCUCUCUGCCUUUCACUUGUCGUCUAGUGUCCUAGUGAAGUCUUCGAAUAUUACUCUAACGUUAGAUAUUUUAUGCGUUUCUUAAAAUAGUUCCAGCUGUUUUGACUAAGAAAGAAAAUGGAGAAUUCUGAGCUCUCGGAUAAAGCGACGAUCUCGCUGGUCAUUAAAACGCCUAAUCAGUUUCACGGCGACCAGCGGAUCGAGGGAGUGCGCGUGGACUGGACCGUGAAAGACCUCAAAUGUCACCUUUCCAAGGUUUAUCCCACCAACCCGGCCGAGAAAGACCAAAGACUAAUUUUUUCAGGAAAGCUACUUCAGGACAACCUUCUUCUGAGAGAUGUUUUCUCAAAGGUUCCUUCAGAGACAAAGCCCACUCUUCACCUGGUGUGUGCUGUGAAACCCCAGCCUGCUGCCCAACUUGGAGCGAGACCGAAGGUGACGUCAACACAGCAGCAGAGUUCCCAACCCUCCCCACUAACUGCUAUCCAAAGUUCAGAGACUUCAGGACCAUCUGUGGCCUCUGUACCCUCCACUGACGGACUUAGACAACGAGGUCAUGCCGCUUGGGCUGGAACUAGCAUUAAUACAUCUAUGCCUGUAACUGCAGCGAUGGCCCACCCAGCCUUUCCCACAUACUCCCUUUACAGUCCACAACAGCUCCUGUGGUGGCAGCAGAUGUAUGCCCGCCAGUACUACAUGCAAUAUCACGCUGCCAUGGCAGCCGCCGGCUCCACUCCAAUGGCUGCCCCUGCUUCAUCACUCCCUGUUGGUCCUCAUCAAGCUGCUGUACCUGCAGCUUUACCCAACCAAGCCCCCAUCAACGACCUGCCAGUUAAUCAGAAUGCCCCAGCUCCUGCUUUCAUCAACCCAGAGGGAGCCAAUCAGAAUCUGCGAAUGAAUGCACAGGGUGGUCCUGUGAUGGAAGACGAGGAAGACAUGAACCGCGAUUGGCUAGACUGGGUGUACACCGCGUCCCGACUGGGUGUCUUCCUGAGCAUUGUGUACUUCUAUUCCAGCGUGAGCCGCUUCAUCCUGGUCAUGAGCAGCCUUGUUAUUAUGUAUCUACACACAGCAGGCUGGUUUCCUUUUAGAGGGAGACCCCAAGCCAGGCCUCACAAUCAGCCAGCACCAGAAGUCAUUCAGAACCAACAAAACCAAAAUGAGGAUAGACACCCAGGACCUGUGCUGCCCCCUGAUGAAGUGGAGGGUGCUGGUGUCGUUGAGCCCGCUAUGACGGCAGUACCUGUUCCCCCAGUUAGACAACCCAUCCUAUGGACAGCCUGGGUGUUUUUCAAAGCCUUUUUUGCUUCUCUGAUACCUGAGGCUCCACAGGGUAUUGCAAACUGAUGCCAAAACAGUUGGACAAAAUUGGACUCCAGAGCCCUUGACCGUUUAGACUGGACAUUAUCAACAGAGUCCUGGAAAUGGUAGCACUUUCCAGUCCUUUGACUGUGACCAAUGCUUGCACAUUUUGUAUAGGCAAGCUCUUGGACAUGGAGUUGUACAUUUUGCUGGACAUUUUUUUUAAACCGCACUUUAUAUAACCACAACUGCUGAAAUCAGUGCUAUCAGUCUCCUGGCUUGAUCCACUUAUAUAUAGGCUCCUGUCAACAGGGCUUCAUUUUCUUGAAGUGCUCUACUAGGAGUGAUCCAAGGAUUAAACUCAUGGGAUUAUCUUAUUAAGGUUCUAGAAUGGUGGACAAGAAAGGCCAUAUAUUGAUUUUGUUCUAAGUGCAUGAAUAGAUGGAGGGUGCUUGGGAGAAUGCAUUUGUGGCACUUUGAAACUAAUGGUGUUUAUGCAAGUAAAACAUGCUUCCAUGUUCUUUUCUAAUUGUGUUCCACCUGUGAAAUGAGAAAUGUUUAUGAAAGUGGUUUGGUACGAGUUCAAGUGUUGUAAGCAGAAUUUGCAAUUCAGGGAGCACCGAAGAGUUUGUCGUUGAAAAGGCGAGUGAAUCUCACUUUGAAUUUUGCUGCGUCUUUACAUGAAGGAACAAUGGCUUUCGUACUUGCAAUUGACAUGAACAGAAAUGAACAGAGUAAUAGUUCUGAGAGACUUAAAUAUGCUUUUUGACUGAUAUUUAUCAACAAUGUAGCAUUGCUGUAGCAUAUUAUGGAUUUAAUCGCUUUAUUAUUAACAUUAUUAAGAUAAGUCUCUUUGUACCUGGAAAUGCAAGUGUAAAACAAAAUAAACACUUUCUUUUGUUCCAA